CUCAUUUCUAUGGUUCUGAAAGAUUUCUUACUUUCUCUUUCAUGGUCUCAUUUGAUGAUUCCUGGUGUUUUUUUUUUUUUUCCUUUCUUUUUUUCGUUCUUUUGAAUCCUGUUUAAAUAAGCAGUAAACGGGCUUAUUGUUUGUGGUUUGUUUUGGACACCAUUUAAGGGGAAUAUGUAUAGAUUUCUGAAUUAUACUUCCAAAUAUUUUGAUCGUGCAACUUUGUUGGCUAUCUGGCUAAUUGUUCAUACAAAUUACAAACGUUGUUUGGUAGUUUAUUCUAUAUCAUAAUGCUGUUGGUUAGUAUGGAGUCAAUGAAAUUAAGCCCUGAAUGUCGAAGAAAUUCCAUCUGAACUUUGAGUUUUACAGCAGUGAUACAUGAUAUGUGUUUCGGAAUGAUGGUUCAUCUUCUUUUUUAUUUUUUGUUUUUUUAAAUUAUUUUUUAUUAUUUUAUUAUUACUAUUUUUUCCCUUCUGUUUGGGAGAAGGGAAUGGAAUAGUGCUUUGAUUGAUUGUGAAAGGGUAAAAAUAUUAAAUAAAUGAUCAGAUUAUGUUCGAUGGUUUCUUUUGGGGUCCUCCACCAUUCAAUGUCGUAUUACCUUUUGUCUUCCAAGCAACACACAAUCAAUCAUGCAGUUUAUAAUCCAUUCUGAAUUUGCUUCUUAUUUCAAGCAAUCUGUCCAAAGGAAACUCCUAGAUGUGAAAAUGCUUGACCUCUCUUAUGAUUCUCAGACCAAACUAAUAGUGCUUAAAUUGCAAAUUAGUAAUAAAUAAUAAUAUCCUAAACUAAUUUAUGGAUGUGCAUUUUCAUUUUUCAUUCUAAAACGACACCUCAUAGGAAAAACAAAUAUCAUAUUUUGAACCAGAAAAAAAUAGCCAUAAUUUAAUUUCCAUACAACUGACAUGUAUCCCUUUUGUAUUUUAUUUUAUUUUCUUUUGUGGGGUCAGGGAAAUAGUUAGACAUUUAUUAUUUAUUUAUUUUUAAAAGAAAAAAAGUUGACACUUUUGAGUGUUGGGAAUGGAUGUGAACAUACCUAAAAAUUUCAAACCAGUACUCCAUACCAGCUGUGGACGUGAUCAUUUUUUGUUUUGGGUCAAGUGUUGUGGAAAUGAUCAUGGUUAAAUUGACAUUUUUUAUUAUUAUUUAUUUUUCUUUCGGAAACGUAUGGUUGCAUAUAAUCAGAAAUUUACAGGCCUUAUCUGAUUCAUCAAAAAAAGCCAUUCGAUUAGUGCUUGUAGCAAUUUACUACAAUAUGAAACUAUGAGCCUUCUCAGAAAGCCAAUAUAUCCCUCAGUCCAACGGCUAUGGAUGGGUCAUAAUGCCAUGCCAUACUACAUGAUUAAUAAGAAAACAUUUGGUUACUUUUGAGUAAAUCAUAUUCAUAAAUGCAGCUGGAUCAGGCGGCAACAUAAUAUGGGGAAACACCCUUUCAUGGGCUGUGAAGCAUAAAUAUUGCUUUUUGCUCAUUUGUCUAACAUCUUGAUACAUUAUUACUUUCAUUAAAUUUGAUUUUCUACUACCCAAAUUCAACUUUAAUUGAUUACACCCCAUGUGAUUCCCAAUAAAAUACCAUUUGCCAACUUUUUAUAGUGCCCCCACUUCCUCUUUUAUGUGCCCUCACUAGCUUCCACCUCUCCAGAUUCACUAUAUUCUCCCUGCCUCAUCUUCAACAUCCUCUUCUUCCUCUGAAUUUGCAGAUGGGAAACCCCAUUUUGUUCUCACUCAUUUUCUGUACUUUCUUCAUUAAUGGGCUAGUGGUUUCAGCAGACUGGAGCAUUUUAGACCUAAAAAGGACAAAUGGGGUAGGUGAUAGCUUGAAGAAGUACUGUGAGAGUUGGAGAAUGAAUGUUGAAAUGCACAACAUUAGGAAAUUCAAAGUGGUGCCCCAAGAAUGUGUUCCUUAUAUCAAGAAAUAUAUGAGAUCGUCUCAGUACAAGGCAGACUCAGAGAGGGCUUUAGAGGAAGUCACAUUGUACUUAACCAGUUGUUGCAGUUUGGAAGGUGAUGGGAAAGAUGCUUGGAUUUUUGAUGUUGAUGAUACUCUGAUUUCCACCAUUCCUUACUUUAACAAACAUGGUUUUGGGGGAGAGAAGAUUAAUUCAACCUCUUUGGAAAAAUGGAUGAGAAAGAGUGAGGCACCAGCUCUUAAGCACACACUGGAGCUCUUCCACAGGAUCAAAGAUAAAGGGUUUAAGAUCUUCUUGAUCUCUUCAAGAAGGGAACCUCUUAGAUCCUCCACUGUUGAUAAUCUCAUUCAAGUUGGGUACCAUGGAUGGUCUGGUCUGACAUUAAGGGGUCUGGAUGAUGAAGCCAUGGAGGUGCAAAACUACAAAUCUCGGGUGAGACAACUGUUGGUAGAUGAAGGCUACCGCAUAUGGGGAAUCAUCGGCGAUCAAUGGACCAGUUUUCAUGGACAUCCAAGGGCAAAAAGAGCAUUCAAACUUCCCAAUUCCAUUUACUAUGUGGCAUAAAUCUUUCACUUUAUAAACACAUUACUUAUUUAUGUAACUAAGCACUGUACCUCUUGCAGGCCUUUUUCCUUGUUUGAUUACUCAGACUUAAAAGCUUAUACGUCUUAUUGUUGGAGGCUCUUAUAUA